UCGCCGCGCCGCCCCGAGGAGCCGCCGCCUCGGCCCCGUUCCAGUGACUGGUUAAAUGGAAGCCAUUCCUGGGAUCUGGAUGGUUUCUACUGACGCAGACUUUGCAUAGCAGCUCCAUCACCUCUGGAGGUUGCAAUGAGUGGAGGAGGGGAUCAGCCUGACAUCCUCAGUGUGGGAAUAUUGGUCAAAGAAAGAUGGAAGGUGUUGAGAAAAAUAGGAGGUGGAGGAUUUGGAGAAAUUUACGAUGCACUGGACUUGCUUACUCGGGAAAAUGUUGCACUGAAGGUGGAAUCAGCUCAGCAGCCAAAGCAAGUGCUGAAAAUGGAAGUAGCUGUGUUGAAGAAGCUGCAAGGAAAAGAUCAUGUCUGUAGAUUCAUAGGAUGUGGACGGAAUGACAGAUUUAACUAUGUGGUCAUGCAGUUGCAGGGUCGGAACUUGGCAGACCUGCGUCGUAGCCAAUCUCGAGGGACAUUCACCAUUAGUACCACUUUGCGCCUUGGGAAGCAGAUUCUGGAAUCUAUUGAAAGUAUUCAUUCUGUGGGAUUCCUGCACAGGGACAUAAAACCAUCAAACUUCGCAAUGGGACGUUUUCCAAGCACCUGUAGGAAGUGUUUUAUGCUGGAUUUCGGCUUAGCACGGCAAUUUACCAACUCAUGUGGGGAUGUCAGACCACCACGAGCUGUUGCUGGCUUUCGAGGAACGGUACGAUACGCAUCAAUCAACGCUCACAGAAACAGAGAAAUGGGUCGGCAUGAUGACCUCUGGUCUCUCUUCUACAUGUUGGUGGAAUUUGUGGUUGGGCAGCUGCCUUGGAGAAAAAUAAAAGAUAAGGAGCAAGUGGGCUCCAUUAAAGAAAGGUACGAACACAGGCUUAUGUUGAAACAUCUCCCUCAAGAAUUCAACGUCUUUCUGGAUCACAUUUCUAAUUUGGAUUACUUCACAAAGCCUGAUUACCAGCUCCUCAUGUCUGUGUUUGACAACAGCAUGAAAACAUUUGGAGUUGUUGAAAGCGACCCUUUUGACUGGGAGAAGAGUGGAACUGAUGGCUCUCUGACAACAACAACAACUUCAACCACGCCUCAGCUGCACACUCGUCUUACGCCGGCUGCAAUUGGAAUUGCCAAUGCCACUCCUAUCCCAGGAGAUUUGCUGAGGGAAAAUACAGAUGAAGUAUUCCCUGAUGAACAGCUCAGUGAUGGAGAGAAUGUUAUUCCUGUUGGUGUAUCACCAGAGAAACUACCUGGAUCCCCUGGACAUCAGCGUCCUCAGGAAAAAGAUGUUUGGGAAGAAAUGGAUGCAAACAGAAACAAAAUAAAACUGGGGAUCUGUAAGGCUGCCACAGAGGAAGAAAACAGCCAUGGACCAGGGAAUGGAAUGCUUAAUGCCCCGAGCCUUGGUUCUCCAAUUCGAGUUCGCUCAGAGACCACCCAGUUAGACAGAGAUGUUCCCCUGGUGCGAAAGUUACGCUCCAUUCACAGCUUUGAACUGGAGAAGCGUAUGACGCUGGAGUCUAAGCCCGACACUGAUAAGUUUCUUGAGACCUGUUUGGAGAAGAAGCAGAAAGACUUGAAAGUGGCAGAGACUCCUGUUGCUGCUGUUCCUCCUCUUUCUCAGAAAACAUCUCUUCCUGCUCCUGUGACUGCCCGCACAGACCAUGUUUGGCACUAUGAUGAAGAGUAUCUUCCAGAUGCUUCAAAGCCUGUGUCAGCUAAUUCUCCUGACCAUGCUGAUGGUGUUAUGAGUAAUGGAUUUGUAGCUGUUAACCUAAGCUCCUGCAGGCAGGAGGUUGAUUCUAAGGAAUGGGUGAUAAUAGAUAAGGAACGGGACUUGCAGGACUUCAGGACAAAUGAGGCUUUAGGGCACAAAAUGACUGGAAGUCCCUCAGAUGAAGAGCCAGAGGUAUUACAAGUUCUAGAGGAGUCCCUUCCAGAAGAGCAGUCCAGAGAGGGCGGUUGGGCAGGAAAAGAUGUCCAUGCCAAGAACCAAACUUCAGGGGUGGAGUUUGUUCUCGACAUGGAAUGUCAUCCUGCUGCAUCUGAACAGUUUACAGAUAAAUUGGAACUUCUGUCUGGAGCUGCAGGACAGCUUCUUGCGGCCACCCCUACAAGUCCUAUGGAAGCUCAAGCAGAAGGAGCAAUCACUCCGCUCAACUCAUGUCAUAUGCUGCAUUUCUCCACUCCAAGAAUUUCAAGUCCCAUCCUCCGCACCAUGAGCCCUAUAGCCUAUCUGUCCAUCCACUCGGACCCUCCGAGGGAGGCUGCCUUGCCAAGGAGUCAGUCAGCUGAGAGCCACUCCUCUUCCUCCCGCUCAACUGCUCGUAGGCAGCUUCCUGUCAUUCCCUGUGGCAGCAAGCUCCCCCCUGUCAUUCGCAUCUCAAAAGCACAACCUGAGCAGAUAACAAUACCCAGACCUUCAGUGGCAUCCACACAGUCUGCAUCAGAGAGCUUUCACUAUGGCCACCAGCUGGAGAGAAGAGAGCAGGAUGGUCAGUCCGUGGAACACACUGUGGAACUUUCCUCUCCAAAGGAAAGUUUGCCAGGUUUGGUUGGGACAGAAGAUGCACUUCCAGCUAGUGCCAGCAGACCAGAUUUGGUACUUAAUAUUAGCGAAGAGGUGCUUGACAGGGGAGGACUUGUCAAAGAAUCUGUCGGUGUCUUGGACUGUGACCAAAAGGACCUACCUGAACACAAUGGGAUACAGGAAGAGAAGGAGCUUGGAAAUAUUCCUGUGGAGGAGGCUGAGGAAGAAGGGCUCCCACUGGUUUCUGAAGAAGCCAUUGAAAUGCUAAGCAAAGAACAGAAUUCUUCUUUGCCAGGAAACUCAAAAUCUGCAGAGGAAGAACCUCUAACAAAUACUGAAGCAGCUCAAGAAUCCAAGUCAAGGCCUGUCUGUUUGGUGCCAAAUCAAGAUGAGGUUCUGAAGUCAAUAGCACCUAAAACAUCAGAAUUGUCUCCCUCAAGACUUAAUAACGCACAUGUUAAUAGACAGGCAAGCAAAAUAGCAACCAUUCAGGAAAAUGGUUUUCAUUCUGAUAAGGAGGAAGUCCAUAGCCAAGACCUGAAAUGCCACCAAGUGGCCCUUACUACUAUUUUGCAGCAGGAGAAUAAAAAAGAGAAAAAUGCUCCCAGAAAUGGAGAGUUAUUCCAUUGCAUUUCAGAAAAUGAGAAUUCUUAUCGAUCUAAGAAGGACUCUGUUAAAUCUUCUUUUGUAUUCAGGCAGAGUCGAAUCCCAGUUUUAGCACAAGAGAUAGACUCCAUGUCAGAUUCCUCUUCUGUUUCUGCAAAGGAAAAGCUUCUUCUAAAAAAGGCCCAUCAGACAGACUUGGUCAAAUUACUUAUGGAAAAGAGACAGCUCAAAUCUUUCCUUGGUGACCUCUCAAGUGCCUCUGAUAAGUCACUGGAGGAAAAAAUGGCUGCUGCUCCAGUACCGUUUUCUGAGGAUGAUGUCUUGGCUUCGUUUUCUAGAUUGACACUGGACUCUCAUUUCAGCAAGCAUAAUGAAGAUAGCUCUUUAUCUCCAAGCAGCCCUCAGUCCAGAAAAAGCAAGAUUCCAAGACCAGUGUCUUGGGCAACCACUGAUCACAUCACCAGUUCAAGUUCAGCUCAGUUCUUUCCUCGGCCACCACCAGGAAAACCACCUACUAGACCUGGGGUAGAAGCUAGGUUGCGCAGAUACAGAGUCCUAGGCAGUAGCAGCUCGGACUCAGAUCUUAUCUCUCGUCUGGCUCAAAUCCUGCAGAAUGGAUCUCAAAGACCAAGGAGUUCUACCCAGUGUAAGAGUCCGGGAUCUCCUCAUAGUCCAAAAACUCCACCCAAGAGCCCUGUCAUCCCCCGCCGCAGUCCCAGUGCCUCCCCUAGGAGCUCCUCUUUACCCCGUACUGCCAGUUCUUCUCCGUCCCGGGCUGGGAGAUCCCAUCAUGAUCAGAGGAGUUCAUCCCCACAUUUUGGGAGGAGUAAAUCACCUCCUAGCCAUUCAGGCUCUUCAUCUUCUAGGAGGUCCUGCCAACAAGAGCACUGCUGCAACAAAACGAGCAAGAAUGGUCUGAAAGGAUCUGGCAGUUCUUUCCACCAUUCCCCAAACACUAAGACUUCCACAGGAAAGAGCAAAUCAACUACUAAGCUUAGCAGAUAGGAACUGGGUCUUGACAGGUAUAAAGUCUCCUCCUAAAUCUGAUGCAUGUUGUGUCUGUGUACUGUGUAUUUAAAAAAAUAAUCAAAAAAAAAAGUAUAUUAAAAAAAAGGUGUUGAAUCUGCACAUUUUAAAGAAAGUAGCCAUUGUAAACUAUUCAUGAGAAAGCAUUCUGUGUAAAUAAGUGACCAGGCUUUGCCUUAGAGCAGGCAGCAAGCAGAUCCACAAGAUGGGAAGUAGAGGCCAGGGUAAGAAUGGCUGGGUAGUCACAGAGGUGCAAUGUAUUUAGAGUGAAAAAGUAUCUUGAAGGUGAGUGUUUUAAAAUGGUAUUAAUCUCGAUGUGUUUAGUUUCCCUAGUUAGAAGAUUUGGCCUAAUUAUUUAAGGCCUUGCAUACUCAAGGAGUAUGUAAGAAAGCCUGAAACAGUUAUUCCCAAAAUGAUGUCCCUACUCGGGCGAUAAGUACUGCUCAAGCAUUUCUUUGCAGUUUUAAAAAAGCACACACUUUAGAAGAUGAUAUUUCUGCCUUAUAAAUUUCUUCCAUUUUGAGCUGCACUCACCUCUGAGUCACUGAGUGCUUAUUUUCUCCCCUAUCAUGGCACAGAUUUCUUGCCUAAGUAUCAUGUACCUUACCCCUUC